AUGAAAUGGGAAUACCCAGUUUAUUUAAAUGUUUCGCAUUUUCUUCAUAUCUACGAUAAAGCUGUCGUUGGAUUUGGAUAUCAUCCACAAUUUGGACACGUUUUACAGGAUAUGAUAGGAGCAUUGAUCAGUGUUCCAAGUGAAAUCACCAAAGAUGCAGAUAUAUUUAUCAGAGGUGAAGAAUCUCAGGCAAGAGAUUAUUUGCCUUUACUCGGAUUUGAAAAAAAUAGAGUUCAUUCGCUCCCAGAGAACUGGAUUUUCGUAAAAGACCUUUACGUAGUAGUUACUAACUAUGGUAUAUCAGGUCUUCAAGUUUCUUUUCGUGAUUUACAUGAUGUCAUUUUUAGAGUUAAUAAUCUAACAAAUCUGAAGCCAACGUUGCAUGUUUUUAUUAACAAAGCAAAGAAAAAUUGGGGCCACGUCACUAAUAUGCACCAAUUAUAUGAUUUAUCACGAAAAAAUUUUCCUCAAUACGAUUGGCGUCUUCUACCGGACACUUUUGUAUUAAAUGCAUCUGAAACAAUGAGAACCCUUGCAAGAACUAAGAUAUUUAUUAGCGCUACCGGUUCUUGUUCGUUUAAUAUGAUUUUUCUCCCUCAAAACAGCGGUUUGCUACUAAUUGACUCCAGAUUCCUUAACUCACCAUGUAUAGCAAUUGCGCACACGUUGAACAUCUGGUUCUACUACAUUGCUUCGAAUAGAAUCAACAGAAUUCCAGGAAGAACAGGUGGAAGACUAGAAGUAAACGUGUUCAAUAAGUCCCUUGAGAUGUUAAUGACAGCAGUAUAUACAGGAAAAUGGCCAGAAAUUACAAUUCCUUCGAGAAAAUUCAUUCAAUUCGACAAAGAAAAGACAAAAAGACUUAUUUUCAAGUACGGUAACGCUAAAAAGACAACUGUAAUACGUUACGACCGAAAACUUGAGAAUACAAUGCUUACAAAUGUUUAUCCAAGAUUGAAAGAUUAUUUCACUGAGCAAUGA